AGAGGCGAGUCGAGGCAAGUGCUUGUGUCACCAGAGGAGGCUGUGGCUUUGACCCUUUAGGGCUCCCCUCAGUUUCGGAGCGCGGACCGGAGCCAAGUCUCGGGACUUCUCCUGGCUUGGGGGAGCAGUCAGAUGCAUCCAUUGACAACCCCCCACACCCAGCUCCCACAGAGAGUGUGGGCGGGGCAAAGAUAGAGAGGCGGGGGAGGGGCCAGCCUGGGUCCCGCCCCCAGUCAUUGUUCCGGGGGAGCUAGAAGGCAUUGAGGCCCAAUCAGGAUGUAGCAUGUAAAUGAGCAAGCCUGGCAGGUUGGGGAGACUCCAGAACUUGGUGUUGCCGCCCUGAAGAGGGCGCAGACUACAUUGACCUGCACCGAGCGAGGCGCGGACUCUGAGAGGAAUCCGUGGCUGCGCUGCGGAACCGGAGAGAGAGGAGGAGGAUAGCCAGCCCGUCCACCCUCACCAUGACCAGCUGCCACCACCAUUCCGGAUACUUGGCAGACGACGAGGCUGGCCACACCACCUACGUGGCCCGGCUGCCUAAGAAGCCACUGUUCCCGGAAAUGGGGCAAGCCUCCAAGUCGGGCCACAUGCCACACCCACCGUCGAGGUACACUCCCACAGACAGCUUAGGGCUCCGUGGCCACCGACGAAACCCAAGGGACCCUCGGCCCUUUGGUACCUUCUUGGAUUUCCUCGUCGAGAGUCAGGUGCUAGACAGCCUACAGACGGUGGUGGAAGAGGCAACGGAGCGCAUGACCACUAUGAAGACAGAGGCUGGGGUGCCACUGGUGGAGGUGCAGGACCCCAUAGAGGUGCCGAGGGGUGGGCAGCGGGUGCGUGCCCGGCCCAGCCUCAGUACCGUGCACCAGCACCGGGCCCGGCCCAGCCUCUGCACUGGAUGCCCCAACAACUACCCAUCCUCCUCCAGCCCCAUGUCCGACUCCCAUAGCAGCUUCACAGCUGGCUGGCUGGGCUCCCCCAGCCGGCACAGUGACCUGGGCACCCAGGGCAUGGGCUCACUGCCACCCAUGAGGGAUAGACUUUUGCUGGAGAAGAACCUCAAACGGCUGCUGAAGCUGGAGAACAGAGGGAAAGGCCUGGGUCAGUCCUGCUUCCGGAGGGACUCCCUGCUGUGGGACUCGCUGGGCAGCCAGGCCAGCAGCCAGUGGACCCAGGAGCCACCUCCGUCCUGGUUCUCGGGCCUGCUGGACUCAAGCACAGGCACACCCCAAACAUCAGAGCCCAGGCCUGGAGAACAGGAACUGACCUUCCUCAAGCGAGAGUUUGAUAAGGAGAUCAAGUCCUUGUUGAGCCAGCCAGCGUCCUUUGACCUGCCUGGCUACUGUUCAUUCCGUGAGCCCCAUCAGACUCUGGACUUUCUGGCUGAGCACCACCUCUUCCCCGCCCUGCAGAGUGUGGUCUGCCAGGCUGUGGACAAGCUCAGUGGUGCCCGCCGCCGUGAUGGCUACCCUCUCUUCCCAUCAGAAUGGGAGCCCGCAACAGAGCCCAAUUCUGACUCCACGCCAGGCUCCAAGCCAGCCACACCCACCGACGGGGAGGAGCCCUACGAUGUGCUUCCCACCCAAGUCUCCAGCUCCAAGAUGAUUCGAAGAAAGAGCGCCAAGGGCAGAGGACGGGCCAAGCCCAAGGAAGGUGGUUCCCCUGUGUCUAGGGCCCAAGUGGCUACCAGAUGCAGGAUCAAAAGCCCCAGUUACAAGUUCAUGAGGAAGAAGCCACUACCCUCCAUCUCCUCCAAGUCCAGCACGUCCCACGUUUCCAACCCCUUGUACGAGGAGCUCGUCAACUACUUGGUGGAGCAGGUCGUGUCCUUGCUCAUCUACAAGUACAAGUUUGAGAAGAACCUCUCCAAGCAGCUGGGCUUCAUCUCCUUCCCUGUCACCGAGACGCUCAUGGACCUCUUCCUGGGCUUCAAGAAGGUGAAGGGCUCCCACAUCAGCCUGUCCUCAAAGAUCGACUGGAGCUGCCUGCUGCGCAGGCUGGAGGAGGCCGAGUGGGCCCGGCAGCUGUCCAGACAGGCAUCCCAGCAUGACUCUGCCUCCCAGCGUAGCUCCCACCACGGCACCGCCCACCGCAGGGCCCCCCACCACAGGGCGCCCCGGAGCAGCACGGAGUCCUCCUCCACGCUGCUGGAGCCAGCCACGCAAGGGGAUCAGGGCGAGGCCACAGAGUCCAGCCUCAACAGUGAGUUGCCAGACUCUCAGCUGCUCCCAGCUCGGGAAGGCACUACAGCCGCGGAGCGGGAGCCCGCGAGCCAGCAAGAGCCCAAGCCCGCGCUGUUCUCCGGCACAGGCGUGGGCUCUCAUCAGUGUCAGGAAGUAGUAGACGUGGACAGUCAGAGCGAUGAGGAGGAAGAGGACGAGGACGAUGACUUCUUAGGGGACAAUGGCAUGUCCCAGAGCUCCCCCGAGCCUCGAGCGGAGGUGGAGGUCAGCGACCCUCUGUGAGGCCCCCGGGGAAGCUGCACCCAGCGCUUGAUUCCCUGCCCCUCCUCUUGCUCCAAUGGACUGCUGCCCCCCAUCCCCAGCUGGUCCCUGCCCCGAGCAGAGGCCAGUGUCGGCUGAUUGCCCAUGAGGAGCUCUGCUGGCCUGUCAGGGGAGCCAACAGGAGAAAUAAAGCUUGUAUUGAUGGAGCACAGUUUUCUCGACCGGAGAUUGCAGCCCUGCCUCUGCAGGCCUGAGCACCUGCCCUGGCGUAACACCUCGGACAGGCCUUCACGACAGCUGCCAUGCCCUGAACCCCUGACCGCACACGCUCUGCUUGAACACAAGAACCUGCUCGUGGCUCUUCUCUGCUCCAGUGUGCACCUUCCUGGCUCUUCCAGCCUCUUAGGACUCAUGGCCCCUUUCCCUAAUGGCCCCUAUGCGUUGCGGUUCCUGCUUCCAGAGGGAAGGGCGGCAACCGGCUCCCUCUGACAUGCUGUACCCUCCUGUUCCUCUCAAGGAACCAUGCAGCUGGCCUUUCCUGAUGCCCCCUGUCUUUCUUAUUUGUAUUUCCCAGCUCCAACUCCCGAAUCUGGAGGGUCCAAGCUAGGUCCCAUGGGGGCUGACAGUCUGGCAAGCUGUGGGACCAGGACCCCAAGAUGGGUGGGUCAGGGACCCCUUUUUCCAGAAAGCUCUUGUGGCAAGGAUCUUUUAGGGCAUGUGCUCAGAUCAUAAGGCCCAUUCCCUGAGGCCACCCACUGCCACCACCACCAUAGUGUGGGCCCACAAUGUUUUGGUACCUUCUUGUCAUACCACUUGGCAUAGUUGACGCAUUCCUGUUCCAAGCUAGGGCAGUCAGUUGUUUUCCCCCGAGGAGCUUGUAAUUGGUUUGGACUGAGAGAUUUUUUAAAGUUUAUUUAUUUUUAGUAAUCUCUACACCUAACAUGGGGCUUGAACUCACAACCCCGAGAUCAAGAGUUGCAUACUCUUCCAAUUGAGCCUGCCAGGCGCCCCAAGAUAGACUGAGAGAUUCUGGUGCAGUUUGCGCUGAUUACUAAAGACAAGUGGACAGUGCAGAGCAGCCAUCUUCUAACCCCCCUCUAGAGAGGCAAGAAAUCCUGUCUGCAGGGAAGAGCCUGGAGGGGAGCCCUAAGGGCUCUGACACGCAGCAGCCGGCACGAUACCUACCAGCUCUGUGGGUCAGGGGAAAAGAGCACAGAGCCCCCCCGCCCCGGCCUCAGAAGCACACGUCUAGAGACUGCCCCUGGAGUGGGAGCAGCCCCUUUGGGGACUGCCAUUGCGCUGUGCUGAAGACAGCUGACCUUAGCUCCUGUUUCAGGCAUCCGUUGCUGUGUAACCACUCCAAGGCUUAAGUGGCUCCAAACAAAGUCCUUUUUCCUAAUGCUGGAGUUUGGCAGGCUCAGCUGGCGGUGGUGUAGGCAGUCUCUUGUGUGGCUGCUUCCAGCCGGGGGCAUGCCUGCAACCAGCACGUCCCGCAUGGCCUCUCCCCAUCCAAGGUCUCUCCCCAAGGCUCCUGACCGUUCAGUCAGUCAUCUAGCCUGCACUUCCUUACAGCACAAGGCAGCAGCUGGCUUCCGAGGGAGAGGAAGCAAGAACCACUGGUCCUCUUGCAGCUUGUGCUCAGAAGUCCCAAAACAGCACUUCUGUGCCAUUCUCUUGGUCAAAGCGAAUUGCCAUGCCUGCCCAGAUUCAGUGUUUUGAUGAGAGAGUCCAUGUCUUGAUGAGAUAAGCAGCUUACACUUACGGGGAUGGGAAGAACUGUUAGUAGCUGUAUUUGGAGGCCAGCGACCACCCACCCCACCCCAGAGCUGAUUGCUCCUUGAGCGGUCCCUGGAACCAAGUUGAGCAGAUGAGCAUCUGAACCUGAAAGCAAACUGUGGCUGGAAAGUGGAGGCUGAGGAGACACCAUAAUCCGCCCUGAGCAUCUGCCCAUAGGGUGAGCCGGGGAAGGUGGUCUGCAGGGGAGUCUGGGAAAGGGAACAGCUUCGAGAAGGCAAGAGGCCUUGAGAAAGUCGAGGGAGAGCCAGGUCGGCUUCUCCUACUCCAGUUCUGGGGUCUGUUGGGGAGAUUGCCUGCUGGGUCCUCACCAUCCUCUGGUCUUACAUGCAACGGGAAGCUGUUGGCAGCUUUGAGCAGGUGCCUGGCACGAUUUGAUAUGUGUUUUUUUUUUUUUUAAGAUUUUAAGUAAUCUCUACACCCACAUGGG